AUGUCGCUCACACUUCGCUCUGUCACUCGCUGGGAGGAGGCUACCCUGGGAGUCUUGACAUACCAUCACCCUCACCCACAGCUCGACUCCAGUCAAGAAAGACGUGUUGUCCUAACGUGGCGCCAUGAAGCCCUCGGGGACUGCCGUGCUGGUAGUGAUGCUGUUGCUGCUUCUGAGUCCAGGGUUCCUGCGGCGGGCGUGGGUAUGGUCAGGUGCGUUUUGGCAGGCGCGAUACGACCAGGUGUUGCGGGUGUGCGGCCACGACGGCUCCCUAGCCUUCCUGUAUGGAAUCUCAGUGGUGGGGUACUUCACCUACUGGGCGGUGGGAGGCCUGUACACCCUGGCAGACCUCAACCUACUCCCCUACCUGCUGCGCCAGUAUAAGACACAAACGGGCACGAACCAACCAGUAUCCGCCCGUGCACUGAUCAAGUGCCUGGCGGUGGUGAAUGUCAACCAGCUGGUCCUCGGGCUGCCCUUCGUGGAGGCGUGCAGGCGUGCCCUUCUGAUGCGCGGGGCUGACUUCUCGCCGCGCCUCCCGCCCUUUUUCGUCGUCCUGCAGCACCUGGCGGUCUUCACGCUCAUAGAGGAGGUGCUUUUCUACUACUUCCACAGACUGUGCCACCACCGCCUUCUCUACAAGCACAUCCACAAGCUGCAUCACGAGUGGCAGAGUCCCAUCGCUGUCACCGCCGCCUACGCCCAUCCCGUGGAACACUUCUUUGUCAACAUGGUGCCCAUCAUGGUGGGUCCCAUUCUGUUGGGCUCCCACCCCGCCACCAUCUGGCUGUGGGUCUUCCUGGCCACUGUCAACGUGCUGGUGCACCACAGCGGCUACCACCUGCCCUUCCUGCCCUCGCCACAGUUCCAUGACUACCACCACCUCAAGUUCACAGGCUGCUACGGGGUGCUGGGGGUGUUGGACCGCCUACAUGGGACGGACCAACAGUUCCUCUCCACGCUUAACCAUCAAAAGGACCAUGUGUACUUCAGCCUGCAGCCUCUGUCCGCCACGGCCAGCUCUGGGGGCGGGAGGGAGUGAGGCGAGGCAGUAUGCGUGUUAUCAUAUCGGUGUUAACCCUUCGGCCUUCACUGCUAUUUGUCGUAUCUUUCUUCAUUUACUGACCCCUCAGAUCUCUUUUCUUGUUCCACAGCCACUAGAAAUUGCAAAAUCUAUUCUUUUUAAUCGCCUUCCUACUUGUUUAACCCUUCAUUGCUAUUUGUCACAUCUUUCUUCGUUUACUAACCUCUUGUAUCUCCCUUCUUUUUUCUACAGCCACUUCCAAACAUUGUAGUAGCUAGAUAGUACAAAAUAUAUUCUUUUUAAUCUCUUCUUACUUGUGGAAGCUUAUAAGAACUUCAUACAUUGCAUCUAGUGCUGUGAAUUGCUGCGUGUUGCACUAAAAGGUUAAUGCAAAGUGGAAAUUGUGGAAACUAAGCUUGUAUAUGUUACGGGUUGAUAAAGUAAGUGUUAUUCCAUAGAGAUUAUGUUUAAGGUAAGCCAUGUGGCGAGUGCAAUGAAGGUAUGUGCUAUGGCUACUGAAACUAAGACACACUACAUAUACUGAUAAAUUAGGGCAUAUAGCAAAUAAAAAUGUUAUACGAGUAUUGCGGUGAUAAGGUGCUGUGAUGGAUAAGAAGAUAAGAUUAUGGAGUGAUUUAAGAAACAAUCAAGAAAACAUCCCAAUCUCAACACAAACUUGAAGUGACGUGACCAAAGCUAACUUAAUGAGGUUCCCGACAAUCUGGUACUCUUAAUAUUCAUUGAUACAGGAACACAAAGGAACAAAAGGGAUGAACAAGCAGCAGCAUCAGACCUACUGGUCCUCAUGAGGCUGCUAAAUGAUACUCAUGGUUUAUAUAUAAAGUCUGAACAUAACAAAA